AUGGCGCCCCCUCGCAAGAGCGCACGCGCGCCCCGCGCCCGCCUCGCCCUCCGGCUCCUCCUCCCGCUCGCGCUCCUCGCGUCUCUUCGAGGGGCGCGCGCCGAUGCGGGCGGCGCGCCGGGCGUCGUCGUCGCUCCGAGGGGGGACACCACCGUAGGGGACUCGCUCCGCUCGCGCGUCGAGCUCCUCGCCGAUCGGUACCGGCGGUACUCCUCCGACGCCGCGGCGAGGUACGCGACGUCGAUGGACCCGGCGUCGCUGCGGGAGUGGGUCGAGGACGCCAGGGCGGCGGCGGCGAAGGUGGCGAGCCCGGAGCGUCGGCGCGCGAUGAACGAUAUGUACAGGCCGGUCUUCUACCCCGACGAACGGGACGAAGACCGGGCAGCGUACGGAUACGACGAUGACGGAUACGACGAUGACGGAUACGACGACGACGGAUACGACGACGGAUACUACGACGACGACGGAUACUACGACGGCGACGGAUACUACGACGGCGACGACACAGCUGGCGGCGACGACGACGACACAGCUGGCGACGCGUCCUUUUUCCAGCGGUGGGCGCCUCGAAGGAUUUUCCGCCGGCGACCCGACGACGACGCCGCGGAAAACGUCGUGGGAGAGACGAUCCUCGACGCGAUGCGGCUCGCGGCGCGCGGCGCGAAGCUCGCGGCGCCCUCCGCGGCGAGCGCCGUGGGCGACGCGGCGGGGUCCGCGCGCGACGCCGGAUUUGCCGCGGCGUCGGCGGCGGCGGCGGCGAACGAGGGAGGUUUUUUACGUUUGGAUGUAACGGGGGAGUAUCGGAACGCGCCGACCCACCCGGCGGCGUUCGCGACCGGCGGCGAAGGCGGGACCGUUCAUCGUUCCUUUCCCCUCUCCGACAAACACGACGACGGUUCGGAUUGGGAGGUAUCCGCGGUGAACGCGUUGCGGGCGGGCGAGAGAGCGGCGGCUGCGGCUCGCGCCUUGUACGAGGACAACGUCUCCGAGGAGCAUCGCGUUGAGGCCGAGGCGUUCGCCCGCCGGUUCGUAUCCGAGGCGUUACAACGGACGGUGGAGAUGCAGGCGAGGGCGCCGACGUGGAGCGUGCCGGUGGAUCCGACGGGCGUCGCGUCCGUUCGAGCGAGCGCGUUUCUCGACAACCUUCGCGUCGCGAGACAAAUAGCCCUCGAGCGAACGUCGGCGAAGGUAGGGGGGAACGAAGACGCGCGGGGAACGACGGGCGCGAUGAUGGGGGUCCGGGAUGUGGACGCAGCGUCGUUCGAGAGGGCGGUGGUGUCGGAACUUCGCGCCUUGGAGGCGGUGGAGGCGGUGGAGGCGGUUGCGAAAGGGGAGGAGGAAAGUUGA